AUGAACCGCGCGCCGCGGGAUUUAUUAGCGGCGGUGUACCUCACGUUCGGCAGGUGCGCGGAGAGGCACGAGGUGGGCAGCGAGCUCGUGGUGGGCGGCGCGACGGUGGGCGCAUCGAUCGCGGAGGCGGCGGGGGUGUCCAAACAGACGGUGGCGCGCAUGAACGACGAGCUCGGGGACCUGGGCGACGUCGCCGUCGCGUUGAAGCGACGGCAGGUGACGUUGGCCAAGCCCAAGCCGCUCACCGUGCGGAGGGUGCUGGAGACGCUCAGGGCGAUCGCGAGCGAGAAGGGCGCCGGAAGCGCCGGUCGGAAGAAGGACCGCGUGCUCGGGCUCAUGCGAGCCGCGAGGGAGGGCGAGAUCAGGUGGCUCACCAGGACCUUGAUACGCAACAUGAGGAUCGGAGCGAACAAGAUCAGCGUGCUCCACGCGCUCGCGUCCGCGGCCGAGACGCAUCACUCGAGAAGGGACGGGAACGCGUCUGAGGGCGAAGCCAAGCUCGGGGUGACGCCUGCGAUGGCGGCGGUGCAGCGCGCGUACAGCCUGUGUCCGUCCGUGGACGUGCUCGUGCCCGCAUUGGUCGAGGGCGGUGUACCUAACGCCGUGAGGUCGUGUACCAUGCGGCCGUUCACGCCCGUCAAGCCCAUGCUGGCGUCGAUCACGGCUGGCGCCGCAGACGCCGUUACGAGGAUAGUUUGCAAGCGCGAGGAGGACGAGGAGUCCGGGAAGACGUUCCUCGUCGAGUACAAGUACGACGGGGUCCGGGCUCAGAUCCACGUCGCACCCUCAGACGGCGGCGGCGACGAUUGGGCGGUGAAAAUAUUCUCGAGGAACUGCGAGGACAGAACCGCCGCCUUCCCCGACGUCGCGAACAUCGUCCUCGAGGGAGCCAAGGGCGGAUCGGGGAUGGUAGUCGACCCUCACACCGGUCGGGGGGGCGGGGGGUUGAUCCUGGACGCGGAGGUGGUGGGUAUCGACCGCUCCACAGGUCGCCUGAGGGCCUUCCAGGACCUGGCAUCGCGCCCCAGGGGCGGCGUGAACGAAGCCGAGCUCGCGGCGAGGACAGCCGUCGAUGUCGUCGUGUUUGCGUUUGAUCUCGUGUUGGAGCUGGCGAGGAGCGCGGAGGUUGACGCGCCAACCGUAAGGGAGCCAAACGCCCUCGGGUCGGACGACGACGACCGUUACGACGACCGUUUACUGCCCGCCAUCGAGACCGUGCGCGCGUUCAUGCUCGAGUCCCUCGACGCCGCGUGCGAGGGCGUGAUGCUCAAGCGGCUGGACGGCGACAAGAGCCGGUACUCGCCGAGCAAGCGCUCGGACUGCUGGUUGAAACUCAAGAAGGAUUACUGCGAGAACCUGAGGGAUUCGCUCGACCUCGUGCCCAUAGGGGCGUGGUUCGGCCAGGGUCGCAAGGCUGGGUGGUACUCCCCGUUUUUGCUCGCGGUGUACGACCCCGAGACGGAGACGUACCAGAGCAUGUGUCGGUGCAUGAGCGGGUUCACCGACGAGUUUUACAGGACCCGACGCGAGAACUUUGGCAAGCCGCCGUCUCUCGUCGAGUCCGGCGUUAAACCCCCCGUGUACGACACUCUCGAGCAACCCGACGUUUGGUUCAACCCGACGGAGGUGUGGGAGAUUCGCGGCGCGGAUCUGACGCUAUCGCCGAAGCACCGCGCCGCCGCGGGCGCGAGGCACGAGGAGAGGGGGAUCAGCCUCAGAUUUCCGCGGUUCAUCCGCGUCAGGGACGACAAGAACGUGGAGGACGCGAGCGGACCGGAAGAGGUGGCGCGGUUGUUUGACGCGCAACAGUCGAGGUACGAUGGUCAGGGCGAAUCCGCCACGCGUCGACUGGCGGAGCAGGCGGCGCUCGACGCCGAGGCUGAGAAGGAUGAAGGGGAUAGCGAUGAAGACGACGACGGAGGCGACCGAGAAGCGGUGCUCGACGGCGACGAGGAGGAGAGGUAA